AUGAGAAAAUCAACAACAUUCUCCUUCUCAAAAUUUCCUAAUAAUAAUAAAUCAAAAUUUUCUCCACCAUCUUUUGCAGCACUUGAUUUAUCACCAGCUGAUGAAAUUUUCUUCCAUGGUCAUUUACUUCCUCUCCAAAUCCUCUCACACUUUCCUUCAUCGAUAUCGCCUCGUUCUUCGACAAAUUCAAUGGAUAGUUUCACUCUCCCUAUUAGAGAAUUAUUCUCAGAAGAAGAUGAAAAUCUUCCAAAACAGAACAGUAGCAGCAGCAGCAGCAACAUCACAUUAGACAGCAAUAACAACAGCAAAAGAGAAAAAAACAACAAUAUAGGAAUAUCCAAAAAGGUAGAGGGUAAGUUCAAGUUUGCUUUUUCAUUAUUUAAUUCAACUAAAGAGGCAAAAGGGUCUCAAAUUAAAGAAGAAAAAGAGAAUCACAAGAAGAAAAAGAAGCUAAGGUUUGAUGUGAUGCAUGAAGUGAAAAAGUACUUGAAAAAAAUGAAGCCUUUUAUGUAUUUUAAAAGAGAGAAAAUUAGAGUUCAUAAAAAGUGUUAUUCUUAUAAUUCAGGAAAUGUAACUCCUAGAAAUAAGAAAUUAGAAUUGAAAAGUUGGAAUUGGAAAGGACAAUAUUCAGCACCAGCAUCAAUGAGAACUUCUCCAUCAAAUAGUGGUGUUUUAUUUGCAACAACAACACCUCUUCCUCAUGCUAGUGAUAGUACCAUGGAAGAGUUGCAGGGUGCUAUUCAAGCUGCAAUUACUCACUGCAAAAAUUCUUUUGCUAAAGAAGAAAAUCUCCAAUGCUGAUUUGUUUUUUGAGAUUUUUGCUUUUUUUUCUUACUAGAAUUAUAAUAUCCUUAUCAUUAAUUUCUUAUUUGAUAUUUAAAUUAUUGUGUUCAUUUUUUAUGAGCAAUAAAUUAGUGUACAUAAAAAUGUGUUAUUAUGAUGAUGAGAUUUAAAAGGAUAUUUAUAUUAUAA